AUGGCCCUAACAAAGCAGGUACAUCUUCGAAAUCCUGAUGACUUUCCAACGCUGCAGCUGUUCCUGCUAGGCAUUGUCCGUCUCGCGGAACCAAUCGCCCUUACCUCCAUCUACCCAUAUGCCUGGGCCCUUGUCAAGCAAUUCAAUUUUGGUGAAGAGCAAGAUGCCUCGUUCUACUCCGGUAUCCUCAUCUCGGCCUUUUCUCUGGCAGAGGCUGUCAUGGGCAUGUACUGGGGCGGCCUCUCUGACCGAGUCGGCCGCAAGCCCGUCCUGAUUCUCGGCUGUGUUGGCACCAUGUUUAGCAUGGUAAUGGUUGGCUUCGCCUCCAAUAUUUGGAUUGCUUUGAUCGGGCGUGCUCUUGGUGGUCUCCUCAAUGGAAAUAUUGGUGUCAUCCAGACCAUGGUUGGCGAGCUUGUUACCAAGCCUGAACAUGAACCCAAAGCAUUCUCCGUCAUGCCUUUUGUCUGGAGCGUCGGUACCAUUAUUGGCCCUUGCAUCGGUGGCACAUUUGCGGAUCCAGCCGAAAAUUGGCCCGGUCUGUUCCCUCGUCAUGGCAUCUUUGGCCGCUUCCCAUACUUGCUGCCCAACCUUCUUUGCGCAUUUCUGCUCUUGAUCAGCAUUAUUUUGGGCAUCUUCCUUCUCGAGGAAACGCACCCUGAUAUGCAGCCCCGAGUGUUUCUCCCUGCGGACACAUACGUCUCGGAAGAGACACCACUGAUGGAAACCUCGGAUGCCAUGAAGCGCCCUGCUGUCGACCUGCGCGCAGACACCUACGGAACGUUGCGAGAGACCAGCGAACAAAGCCAAGAAGAUGUUGAUCUCGAAGAAAAGCCACUUUUCAUUGGUCCCGUAUGGAACAAGCGCGUCGUCGGUUUCAUCAUCGCCCUCUGCAUCUUCACCUACCACUCCAUGACGUACGAACAUCUCAUGCCCAUCUUCUUUGAAGAUGAGCGAGCGUCGACACUUGUGUCCUUGCUCGAUGUUGGCACAUCUUCAAUGUUCUACUCCCCCGGUGGCCUGGGCCUCUCUCUUCGUGAGGUCGGCCUCAUCAUGGCCGUCAACGGAGUCAUUGCCCUGUUUGUCCAGGCAAUCAUCUUCCCUCUCGCCGCGGAGAGACUCGGUGUGUACAGACUCUUCAUCAUCGUUACGGUGCUCCACCCCAUCGUCUACGCGAUUGUCCCCUUUCUCCUCUACGUUCCCGAAUACAUGCUCUUCCCCGCCAUCUACUCUUGCUUGGCAGUGCGAAACAUUCUCUCCAUCACCCUCUACCCCCUCCUCCUCAUCUUCAUCAAGGAGGCUACUCCCUCUCGGAGCGCUCUAGGCAAGGUGAAUGGUCUGGCUGCUAGCGCUGGUGCAGCAUGCCGCAUGAUCGCACCUCCUAUUGCAGGCUACCUGUAUACCGCUGGUAGCAAGAUGGAAUGCACCGCACUGGCUUGGUAUGGCAGCGUUAUUGUCGCUAUAGCCGGAUCCAUCCAGUGCUUCUCUGUUCCGCGAUCACGAGUUGAUCGAUCGGAAGAGAGCGCUGUCAAAAACACCCAGGUCGCAGCUGAAGUUUCAGUUGAUGACAGAGAGUAG